AUGCGUCUCGAAACAUGUUAUUAUUGUUCAUCGACGGUCUGGCCUGGUCAUGGUAUUCAAUUUGUGCGAAACGAUUGCAAAAUUUUUCGAUUUUGUCGUUCGCGUUGUCAUCGUGCUUUCAAGAAGAAAUGGAAUCCACGUAAAUCACGCUGGACAAAAGCACACAGAAAAUUAACUGGAAAAGAUUUGACAACGGAUGCAACAUUUGAAUUCGAAAAACGUCGAAAUGAACCAGUUAAAUAUCAACGUGAAUUAUGGCAAAAUACACUGUCAGCCAUUAAACGAGUUGAAGAAAUUCGUACUAAACGAGAACGACAUCAUAUUAUGAAACGUCUUCGACAAGGUACACUUGAUCGAAAGGCGGCUGAUUUGCGCGAAGUACGCGAUUAUAUUCAUCUUGUCCGGGCACCUAAUGCAACUAAACCAAUGGAAGAAAUUGAAAUGGUACAAAAAGCUAUUCAAAAACGUGAAGAAGCUGGCGAACUUCUAACUAAAGUUGGAACAACAGUAUCUACAACAAAGAAACUAUCAGCAUUACGUCGUCGUGCACCGAAAAUCGAAGUUACAAUGGAAACAUCUGAUAAUGAACAAAUGCUUGCAGAAGAUAUGGAUUAA